AUGCACAUUGCAAUAGUCGGAGCAGGAUAUUCUGGCCUCGUCACCGCAUCGACCCUCAUCUCAUUUGGACACACCGUGGUCAUCUUUGAUUCCGCACCUGAUGUCGGAGGUGUGUGGUCAGCGACACGAUAUUACCCAGGUCUGAAAGCGCAGAAUACCAAAGAUACAUACUGCUUCUCGACAUUACCGAUGCCUGAAGAGUAUUCACUACAUCCUGACGGUCAACAAGUACAAGCUUACCUCGAAACUUUUGUAAGGAAGAAUGGUCUAGAUAAAGAAGGAAGAUUGAAGUUGAACGUCGAAGUAGUCCAAGCGGAGAAAGGGGAUAGUGGAUGGAUUAUCCAGAUUCGCUCGAAACAGGAUGAUCAGACCAAAUCCUACUUUUUCGACUACCUCAUUUGCGCUACAGGCAUCUUCAACCAACCUCAUAUCCCUUAUCUUCGUGGUGCUAACGAUUUCGUAGCGGCUGGCGGGGUGAUCCUUCACUCAUCCAACUUUCAUCACCUCUCGAGCAUCAAGGAUAAGAAUGUGGUCGUGGUGGGAUAUGGCAAAUCGGCGUGUGACGCGGCUGUCAGUGUAGCUACUUCAGCGAAGUCAGUGACAAUUGUAGCUCGAAACAUAAUCUGGAAGCUGCCAACAUACGUUGGUGGAGUGUUACACUUUUCUCUUCUCCUUUUGACCAGAUUUGGUGAAGCGCUCUUUCCCUUCAUCCGACCAUGGAAAUCUCAACGAUUCCUCAACUGUGGAAUGAGAGUCUAUUUUCGCAAUCUGCUUUUCACUGUAUUGUCCUGGAUAAUAACGAUUCAAAUGAGACUUGAUGAAUUCCAAAUUCACCCACACAAACCAUUCGAAACCAUUGCUAGAUCCAGCAUCUCCCUCGCAAGUGCAGGAUUCGUUGACGCUAUGUCGAAAGGUGACAUCAAGGUAGAACGAGAAGUUACGGUUGAAUCCCUUUCACCGCGCAACGUGACACUGUCCAGUGGUAAAGAAUUAUCCGCUGAUGUGAUCAUAUGCGGCACGGGUUGGAAGCAGAACAUUCCAUCGUUCAUAUCGGCACAACUUGCAGAUACACUCAAGGAUAAGAACGGAGAUUGGCUUCUGUACCGUCAUGUAUUUCCAAUCGACAUCGAAGAUCUUGCGUUUAUCGGAUUCAAUUCAUCUAUCUUCUGUCCUCUGACAGCUGAGAUCACUUCCAUCUGGCUCGCAGCGCAUUUGAGAACAGAUGAACAAGAUCCGCUUCUCGUUCUUACUUCCAGACACCAGCAAAGACAGAAGACAGCUGAAGAAGUCACAUGGCAUAGAGAAAGAACGGAAGGUCAUCAUGCCAGUGGAACUAGUAUUGUUCCCUUCUCAAUGUCGAAUAUUGACGAGAUGCUGGGUGACCUGGAGGUGGAAAUUGGUUGGUUAGAUUACAUGAGAGAAUGGGUGUUACCUAUACGACCGUCAGCUUAUCGUUACAUCCUGCCCACGGUUCUACAACGCGUCAAUGCCGGCAGGAAGGAGAAAAUCGCGUGA